UUUUGUUAACCACCGUGGUAAGUAUUUUUCAUCACUCCAUUCCCCUCGUUACCAUGGAAGCAAUACCAGCCCUACCAAGAUACAGUGUAUGGUGCCCUAUACAAGAGAACUUCCUGGUUGAACAUGAAACAGUUUUACAUCACAUACCAUAUAUGGGAGAGGAGGUCCUCUGUAAAGAGGACAGUUUCAUUGAAGACCUCAUCAAGAAUUAUGAUGGGAAGAUACACGAUGGAGCAACAGAAACAGGAGAGACUGUUGAAGAUGACGUCCUUCAAGAUUUGGUUGAAGCAAUGAAGAAAUACACUGUACUCCCAAAAGGUUGGUUACUACAAUUGUUAUUUCAUUAG